AAAGAAUCACGAAAUGAAACGAGCCUCUACUGCAGUUGCGCUGGUUUUGCUGUGCACCGCGACUGCAGCCCAUCCUAAGCUUGGUGCUCCUGGAGGUCCAAGGAAACUGCACUACGAUGUUCCGGACGCUUUCGAGGUGAUCAAAGCCUUUCCUUUUUCCGUGGCAAUAAUGGACUCUGACAACGACACAAUCUUCGAGUGCUUGAUUUCCAACCGCACCGACAUUGACUACGAGGCGAAGAAGGCCACGUUUGUCUGGACCAUUGGAGGGACGAAGGGCGUGCCCAAGCAAGAAGUACCAUUCUACGUAACACCUGGGCUUACACCUGGGACAAUGGACAUGCUUAUCGGUGAUGAUCCAGACGUAAAGCAGGGCAUAUUCUACUACUUUGGCCAUGACUGCAUUGUGAUGGAUCUAGAGUAUAACGGGCAUUUGUGCCUUCUGUGGACGGCGCUCUACCUGCUGCACAAUGUGCCACCGGUGUGUAUUGACCAAUUCGUUGACACCUGCGGCGUAAUUGCCAAUCCGCACAGAAGAGACCUCUGCCCCGACGACUAAAAAGAUCUCUUGGUAGGCUGAAACGAGGCACAUCCGUUCUUUGUUGUGCUCUCUAAUACAAGAGGUUGAACUCGGCGGUGAUAACGGCUAUGAAAAUCAACACUGAAUUGUAAUAAAUUUGCUUUAACUGGU